CAAUACAAACAUUUCAUUCAACAUCCGAUCUAUCUUCCUUUCAUCUUUCUUACGCCAUUGUCAAACAAAAACCCUUUUCUCCUCCAUCUUCACCAAUCGAUCAUUCAAUAAAUUCUACCCAAUCACACCUCCAAAUUCUUUCUCAAUGGCUACAAUAGCAACACCACCGUCACCACCGCCACCACCGCUCGAUCUGCGCACAGUAUUAUCCGAAUCAAAACGCAUAAUAAACGCCCACUCCCGCCAUUUCUUGGCUCUCUCAGUCCUCUUUCUCCUCCCCAUCUCCUUCUCCCUCACCGUCUUCCCCACUAUCCACAAUCUCCUCACCCAAUCCUCCACUCUCAACUCCAAAAUCUUCCUCUCCGCCGCCACUUACGACGUCGUUUUCAACCCAAACGACACUCCCACAAUCACUCUACUUCUCUCAAUCCUACUCUCUCUGUUCGUCUUUGUUUUCACUCUCCUUUCACUUGGCUCCAUCACCUACAGUGUUCUCCACGGCUUUUAUGGUAGACCCGUUAAGAUUUUAUCCGCUGUUAAAUCUGCCUUCACUUCCUUCCUUCGCUUGUUGAUCACUUCCAUUUUAAUACAAAGUUUUUUUCUUUCAUUGGUUAUAUUAUGUGGGUCUUGUUUAUUUUUUGUGAUGGAGUUUUCAAAACUUGAUAGCUCAUCUCCGUUUUUUAUCGGGUUUUCUGUGAUUGUACUGAUUGUUUUGAUGUUGGUUUUAGUUUAUUUGCAGCUUAAUUGGCUUUUGGUUAGUGUAAUUGUAGUUGUUGAAUCAAGUUGGGGGUUUCAGCCAUUGAAAAGGAGUAGCUAUUUGAUUAAGGGAAUGAGAGGUGUGGGUUUGGGUUUGUGGCUGUUUUUUGGUGCUUUAGCUUGUGUUUUGAUGUUCAUUAGCUCUGUUUCUGGUGUCACAUUGGGUAUUGGUACUAGUAAUAGAUGGAAAAGCUGUGCCUUUGUUUUGCAAAUUGUGGUUACUUCUACUUUACUUAUGCUUUUGCUUCUCUACAACGUCGCUGCGAAUACUGUUAUGUACAUGUAUUGCAAGGCGAUUCGCGGUGAACUUGCUUUGGAGAUUGCUGAAGAGUUUGCCAGAGAGUAUGUUAGCUUGCCCUUUGAUGAUGGGAAAGUCCCUCACCUUGUCUCCGUCGCUUACGCUUGAGAAACUUCGCAGGUCAGCACAAGCAGAUUUGUAAUGGUUUCGCCUUUUGUUGGUUUUAGUCUGUUACACGUUACCUUGUGUAUAAAACUUGUCUGCUAUUUGGAUUACUUGUAAAUACCAUCAGCUUUUGGUUGAUGAUUGUUGAUAGCUACGACUGGAAAUUGAUCUGCUCUAUUUUUGUUUUCCUGA